AUGCCUAUAACGACGAUCGGUAUCGGUGCCGCUGUCACACCGACAGUCGUCAAGACAGCAUUCUCUCACUACACAAACCGAAAACCACGAGCACAGAAGCCCACGGCACAUAUAUCUUAUGAUGAAGGCCUACACCUAAUUCGUUCGUUCCUUCUAUACGCAUCACACCACACAGUCGAAGAAGUACAAGCAUUUACAGGCCAGUGGGUACCGCAUCCACGCUGGACACGUAUUGAAGAUGUUCCAAUCCCUGCUGCAUCAAUAGACAAAGCUGCAGAGUUGCUUACUGCACAGCUAGGCGAGGAUGGUAUCCAUGCGAUCGGCGGCAAGAAGUGGUGGUUGUGGCGCCGUAAAGAAGCAGAAUUGAAAGGAGAAUGGAUCGAGAUGCGCUCCGACUAUACAGCUCGCCAAAGGGAGAAGCGAUCAUGCAGACGCAUUAUGAUGUACAUUCAUGGAGGCGGCUAUUUCUUUGGCGGUGUCGACGAGCAUCGAUACCAGCUUCAGAGGCACGCCAGAAAGCUUCAAGCGCGAGUUUUCGCACCUAGGUAUCGGCUCGCACCACAGUUUCCAUUUCCUUGUGGUAUGUUGGAUUGUCUAGCGGCCUACAUGUACUUGCUUACCACUCACGAUUCAAGUGAGAUCAUCUUCGCCGGAGACUCAGCUGGGGGCGGAAUGGCCUUGAGUCUAUUGUGCUUGCUGAGGGAUCAGAACAUACCACUGCCAGCUGGGGCCAUACUGAUUUCACCUUGGGUGGACCUCACACACUCCUUUCCAAGUUUGAGUAGAAAUGAUGGAUAUGACUACAUACCCGCCUAUGGGUUUCACCAAAAACCCUCUCGAUCCUGGCCACCACCAAACGAGGAUGAGCUGCAAGAACUUUUGAAGGAAGCGACACACACUGCUGAACCAACAAGCGACUCUGAUAAUAUUGAAAAACCAUUACAGCACAUUAACACUACCGAGGCUGCACGUUCAGCCAGGAAGAUGCAACCACCCAUUGCUCUACAGAUAGACGGCCAGCGAGUCGUGCUAAAAGACCAAGUUCAGCUUUACACAACGAAUCAGCUCAUUACUCACCCUCUAGUGUCUCCAGUCUUGCAGCCUUCUCUUGGAGGACUUCCUCCUCUUUUCAUUAUGGUUGGUGGUGGAGAAUUGCUUAGGGACGAACAAAUAUAUGUUGGGCAUAAGGCUGCUAACCCACAAGAAUACAGAUUGCCAGAACAAUAUCGCCAACUCCACGACCCCAGAGAUGAGAUUCUAUCGAAAUACAAGCCAACCCCAGUUCACCUACAAGUUUGGGACGACCUUUGUCAUGUUACACCAACUCUCUCGUUCACACGACCUGCAAAGUACAUGUAUAGAUCAAUUGCUCAAUUCGGAGCUUGGGCUCUAUCUCGAGCUCAGAAACGUGCCAUUGAGAUCAAUGAGGAACAGAGUUCCGAAGAUUCUUCUAGCGAGGAGGACGCUGAUCCGAAGGCGGCGUUCACGAACGAGAAGUCUACCUCAAACAGUCCUUAUGCGUCGGUAGGUAAGGCAGGAGAUCCACUUCCACCUUUCAAAAACAACAUGAUACGACAACGAGUGGACAGACACGGCGACGUAUAUCUGUUGCCACGGGCUUCAGAUUUACCGGCUUUGCAGAUGGAUCCAGAACUGGUUGGUGUGAUCAAGGAGGGUCCCAUUCGUACCUGGCUCAGUGCAAAAGCACAGUGGGACAGUAGAUAUGCUUCGACGCGACGCAAGGUUCACAAUCAACGACUAAAUGAUGUGCGUGCUGGCAGAGCACGAUGUAUAAAAGGCGAGGACCCACCUCCAUCGGCCUUGGCAGGAAGGUUACAUGACGCAGAAACGUACAGUGCAACCCAGAAACUGAAGAAGAGUUGGGGUCUUGGUGUAUGGAGUUCGUGGAGCUGGAAGCACGAUGAAAGAUCUAUGCAGAAGGACGACGAGCUUGAGAAGGAAGACAAGGAAUACCCAAAUGAUGAUAUAUCAGAGAAGAGGGACGUUCCUAGCACUCUGGUCGAUGGGACUUCGUCAACUCAACAUGAGAAAUCCCGCAGUCGAAGCAGACGGAGAUCAUCGGCAACUAGACGGAAAACAGUGACUGUUCGUGACGAAGGCCAAACCGAGGGCGACGGUUCUGCAUCACAAUCGCCAGAGGCAACAAUCGUGCGGGACGCGGACUCCACAACACCGACAUUGACACUCGAUCCAGCUGCUUUCGACUCGAGGACGGACACGGCGAGCUCUCAGCACUUGUCUCCAUCAUACGUCUCAAAAUGGAAGCACAGCAAUCAUUUGAAGGACGAAUCUAGAAGCUUCUCCGAUGCAGCGAGUACCUACACACAAGCAAGCCAUAUGGUAGCCGACAAUGCGAGCACCAGAGCAGUCUUCUCUGCAGCAGGCGUGAAACGAGAUCUCUCCGCGGAAACUCCAACACCAACCCAGGAAAACAAACAAUUCGAUUUCAGAUCCGCGACACCUUCAGGUCAGAGAGAUAAUCUAGGUGGUUACGACACUCCUCAGAGCAGGCGAAGUCUAGAGCGACUAAAGAGGCACGACACGGGAUUGAGCGAUGGACAGAGUGUGCAUUCAUCUAUGCCAGCUUCAAUGCUUGGUGUUGACGGCACAACUGAUGCACGCUUGCAGACGUUUAGGAACCCCAGUUCUAUGGCUGUCGUGCAAGCCGAAGGUGUCAUUGAGCCUAUCAAAUCAUCUGUCGAGAACGAAGGGAGCCCAACCGCUGGUACGGCGUCAUCGUCUUCGUCGGAAGCAUCAACGGCGCAGCGUGAUGGAACCAACAUUCCCGACCAGAACGCGACUGUAAUGGGCGAACCUCACAUCGACGGCGUCAAAGCACCAACCACUUCUCAAAGGCCAGGCCUCUACGAGAGAGACGCCUCUACCUUUGUGACGGCUAGAGAGAAAUUAUAG